AUGAAUUCAACAAAACAUUGGUUAUGGACCAUGCUCGAGGCAAUGCUGCCUUUUGAUUAUCAUUCUCUUAAAGAGCUUGUCAAUUAUACAAUGGACCUUUCUUCACCUGAAGCAGUUAUUGCGCAUUUUAAUGACCUUCUUGGAAAAUCGUCAUCUACUGAUGAUUUUGUGCAUGAAUUUAUUAAAAGACGUUUUGGCUCAGCAAAAGAAUCAUAUUUUGAGGAGGGAAUGGCUAGGGAAAAACAAGAAAAAGGGUAUUCGAAGCUUAAAAAAGAUGAAAUAAAACUGUCUUUUCCGAAAUCGUCUAAAAAAGCUUGGAAAAAUAUAUCUUCUAUAUCAAAGGAUUUAUCAAAUGUAUCUACGUGUUCUUUAGAAAUACAAGCGGAAUCACUGGUUGAUUCUUCGGCAUUGAAUUUAUCUACUAAGGUUUUUCCUCAUUCUCAAAAAAAACAAAGUUUAGGGACUUUAACAUCAGAACUUGGGAUGAAAAUGCAAAAAUCAUCACAUUUAAAAUUGAAUUCUCUUGCAGAGAUUAAUUCUGCUUUAAAAAAUUUAGAAUUGAAGGAUAUGAAGUUUCAAGGUGGAAAGAAAUGCUCUUGUCAAGCACGAAAACAUCCGUUAAAUCAAUUAAUACCAAAUUGUUUAGUUUGUGGAAAGAUUAUUUGUAUUGUUGAAGGCAUAAAUUCAUGUAGUUUUUGUGGUACACCUCUUUUAUUGCGAGAACAACGAAUGGAUUUAAUUAAGCAGCUUCGUAUGGAAAGAACUCAUAUUUUAAAUAAUUCAAAAAAGGAAACUGUUGCUAAAAAUACCAAGCAGUUUUAUUCUACGUGUUAUCGAGGAAGUAAUAGUAUAAAUUUAGAGGAAUAUGAAAAGAAAGCACAAGAUGCAGAAAAUGAUAAAAAUAAAUUACUUGAAUUGGAUAGAUCUGAUAUAUUCAAUAAGAUAAUAGAUGAAGCUGCAGAUUUUGAUCCAUAUGAUCGUUGGAUAAGUUCUUCAGAGCGUUAUUUAAUGCUUGAAAAACAACGAAAAGCACUGGCUGCUAUGAAUACUCCUAAGAAAAGAGUAAUGACUAUUGAUUCAUCUGGAAAAGUUAUUAUGACAUCAGCAAAAACUGAUGAUGAGGAAGAGAAUGAGGAAAAUGUUGAAAAGGAAAAAAGUGAAUUUUCGUCUUUGAGUACUAAACGGACACAUCCUUGUUGUGAUAGAACAUAUAAACCUGUAUUUAUAACAACUGAAUCUACAAUUGUUAAAAAUUAUCCUAAAGAAUUGGGUUAUAUAUUAAAAUCAGGAAUAUCCAAAGUGCAAGAUGACAGAGAUGAGUAA